CUCCGCCCCUGCAGCAAGAUCGUCCAAAAGGGCCGCCUCCGUCUGUUCGCCCGAACGAGUUGCAUCGCCAUCGUAUCUCCAAAUGGCUGAUCUCAAGAAACUCGAGUAUCUGUCGCUGGUGUCCAAGAUCACAAGCGAGCUGCUGAACCAUACCGGUAUCAAUGACAAGGUGUUGGCCGAAUAUAUCAUCCACAUCCACGACACCAGCAGCGAUCUUCCUUCCUUUAAGGCUGCGCUGUCCUCCGCACAGGCCAACUUCCCCGAUGCGUUCGUCACCAACGUGGAUCGUCUGAUUCGGACACUGCGUCCAAAGCCCGAGAAGAAAAAGAAAAGAAAGAAGGGCGAGGAAGGCAAGCCAAAGACCAACACCGAAAGCGAGCAAAGUGCCUGGGAGCCAAACCGCGAGCACGAUCGAGCCGAGGAACGCACAGAGAAAAUUGCGCAUUUCCCUGGAUUGGCUCUCCCGGACGACGAGGACCGGGCCCAGCACUUCGACAGCCUCGAUAGCAAGGUCGCUGGCGAGACCCUUACCGGCCUCGAAAACCUCGUCGAGCGCCUGAAAGACAGCGAUGUUGGUCGACAUCGAGAUAAGCGAAGGAGGAGCCCAAGCCCGGACGAAUAUCGUCGCCGCAGCCCGAGUCCUCGUGGGCGGUACGAUGAUCGCCCGCGCCACGGUGAUCGCCACGGUGAUCGCCACGGUGAUCGCCACGGUGAUCCAAGCCGGGACCGCUCGCGAUAUGACAGCCGUGACGGCAGUCGGUCUUUGCGGGGCUCGGCUUCCAUGGACGACCACGAAGCUGUUCUAUACAAGAUCUACGAUGGCAGGGUGACCAACGUCAAGGACUUUGGUGCAUUUGUGCAGUUAGAAGGCAUCCGAAAGAAAACCGAGGGGCUUGUGCAUGUUGGGGCCCUCCGCGCCGGUGUCCGAGUCGACAAGGUUUCGGACGUUGUUUCGCGAAACCAACGAGUCAAGGUCAAGGUGAUGAGCAUCGCGGGAUCGAGAGUCAGUCUGUCCAUGAAGGAUGUCGAUCAAGUUACCGGCCAAGAUUUGAGCCCUGGGCUGCGAGUUCGCACGAAGGAGGAGAUCGAGGCCGAGUCUAUGAGAAACCCGGAGCGACCCAUCUUGACCUCCUUUGGCGAUGCCCCAGUGAUCGAGGAUCUGACUGUGCCGACAUCCAAGGUCAAGCGCAUCUCAUCGCCGGAGCGCUUUGAGAUCAAGCAGCUCAUCGCAUCCGGUAUUUUGCAGCCCAAGGACUACCCCGACAUUGACGAUGAGCAAGGCGUCCUUGCCUACGAAGAUGCCGAGGAAGAGCUUGACAUCGAGAUCAAAGAUGAGGAGCCUGCCUUUCUCAAGGGCCAAACCAAGCAAAGCAUCCAGCUAAGCCCCAUCAAGAUCGUCAAGAACCCAGAUGGAAGUCUCAAUCGCGCAGCUCUCGCCGGCGCGGCGUUUGCCAAGGAGCGCCGAGAGAUCCGGUCGCAACAGGCGGCUGCAGAGUUCGAUACUGUGCCUCGCGACUUCAAUUUGCCCUGGAUGGACCCGAUGGCCGACGACUCCGAUAAGCAUUUUGCCCAAGACCUCAAGGGAUUCGGAUACAUGGGCGAGGAGAGCCAGCCCGAAUGGAAGAAGAAAACAAUCAACGCCGCAACUACCUACGGCAAAAUCACGAGCCUGAGCAUAAAGGAGCAGCGCGAGUCGCUCCCAAUCUUCCGACUCCGCGACAACAUCAUUCAAGCUGUGAGCACCUCGCAAGUUCUGGUCGUCAUUGGCGAAACCGGGUCUGGAAAGACAACACAGAUGACGCAGUAUUUGAUGGAAGAGGGUUUUGCAGACAUGGGGAUGAUUGGAUGCACACAGCCGCGUCGUGUGGCUGCCAUGUCGGUCGCCAAACGCGUUGCUGAAGAGGUCGGAUGUCGGUUGGGCGAGGAAGUUGGCUAUACCAUCCGUUUCGAAGACUGCACGUCGCCACAGACACGUAUCAAGUACAUGACCGACGGUAUGCUUUUGCGUGAGAGCUUGAUCGACCCCGAGCUGAAAAAGUACUCCGUCAUCCUUUUGGAUGAGGCCCACGAGCGCACGAUGCAUACCGAUGUUCUCUUUGGCCUGCUCAAGAAGACCCUGCUCAGGCGCAGCGAUCUCAAGCUCAUUGUCACGUCGGCCACCAUGGAUGCCGAAAAGUUCUCAAACUACUUUUUCAAGUGCCCCAUCUUUACGAUUCCAGGCCGAACUUUUCCUGUCGAAAUUAUGUUUGCAAAGGAUCCAGAGUCCGACUACCUCGAGAGUGCCCUGAUCACCGUCAUGCAGAUCCAUCUGUCCGAACCCCCCGGUGACAUUUUGCUGUUCUUGACCGGCCAGGAGGAAAUCGACACCGCCGCCGAGGUUCUCUACGAGCGUAUGAAGGCCCUGGGACCGAUGGUGCCAGAGCUCAUCAUUUUACCAGUGUAUUCUGCCCUGCCCUCGGAGAUGCAGAGCCGAAUCUUCGACCCAGCACCUCCCGGAUCUCGAAAGGUCGUUUUGGCGACGAACAUUGCCGAGACUUCAAUCACGAUCGAUGGUAUUUACUACGUGGUCGACCCCGGCUUCGUCAAGCAGAACACAUACGAUCCAAAAUUAAGUAUGGACGCCUUGGUUGUUGUGCCUAUAUCUCAGGCACAGGCGCGCCAGCGCUCCGGACGAGCCGGACGAACAGGACCUGGAAAAUGCUAUCGCCUUUAUACCGAGGCUGCCUUCCGCAACGAGAUGCUUCCAAACUCCGUCCCUGAGAUUCAGCGCAUGAAUCUCUCCAAUGUCGUAUUGAUGCUCAAAGCCAUGGGCAUCAAUGACCUUCUCAACUUUGACUUUAUGGACCCUCCGCCGGUCCAGACCCUGAUCACGGCAAUGGAGCUUCUCUAUCAGCUUGGCGCAUUGGACAACGAGGGCUUGCUCACGCGCCUAGGCCGCCGCAUGGCCGAGUUCCCGCUUGAACCGUCUCUCGCCAAAAUGCUGAUCCUCUCGGUCGACAUUGGAUGUUCUGACGAGAUCCUCACGAUCGUGGCUAUGUUAUCGGCGCAAAACAUCUUCUAUAGACCCAAGGAGAAACAGGCUGCAGCCGAUCAGAAAAAGGCCCGGUUUCACCAGCCGGAAGGCGAUCAUCUGACGCUCCUCACCGUAUACAAUGGUUGGAAGGCCAGCAAGUUCUCGAAUCCCUGGUGCUUUGAGAACUUUAUCCAGGCGCGAUCCAUGCGCCGUGCACAGGAUGUUCGAAAGCAGCUGCUAACUAUCAUGGAUCGAUAUAAGCAGGACGUCAUUUCCUGCGGCAAGAACUACAACAAGGUCCGGAUUGCCAUCUGCGGUGGAUUCUUCCGCCACGCAGCCAAAAAGGACCCACAGGAGGGCUACAAGACCCUGGUCGAGGGUACCCCCGUAUUUAUCCAUCCAAGCUCAGCCCUCUUCAACAAACAGCCCGAGUGGGUGAUAUACCACGAGCUGCUGCUGACAACUCGAGAAUAUAUGCGCGAGGUCACCGCCAUCGAGCCAAAAUGGCUCAUCGACGUUGCCCCGACAUUCUUCCGCAAUGCGGACCCCAACAAGAUCUCCAAGCGCAAGCGCCAAGAACGCCUUGAACCGCUUUAUAAUAGAUACGAGAAGCCCAACGAAUGGCGUAUUUCGAGAGUCCAGCGGAGUCAUCGGGUCAGCCAGACCUUCUAGAUUGUGUGCCGAUAUCUCCCGCUUUGUGCCUGUAUUCGUGAUGAGCUAUGCUUGCAUAAAAUCGAAAGCAAACGAGACACUCCAAGCCCCGGGGCCGAAGCGGCCUCCCUCGGCCGAGGCGCUGUCACUUGCUGACCGUUUGGACAUGGUCGCUCUCGGGUACCAACUGCGAUGGCGAGGGCAACGGUGAUCAUUCGAUUGGAAAGUGCAAUUGCUUCACGGUGAACGAUUGUGCCACCAAGCAGCACUCCGGUGCCGUAUCAAUACAACCAUCGUCGGCCCUGGUCCUCCACAUGGUCUGGGUCCUUUGGAAACGGGCGCUAUCUGACCG